UCGUUUUUAAUCAGUUACUCACAUGCGCAAAUGACGCGAAGAGCAUUUUUAACAUGUCGGUGUGACUGGGAAGGGGAGCCAAACUGGGCUACUUCUGGUGAGGGCUGUAAUCCGGUACUUGGUAAUGAACCAGUUCCAAAAGCUUUCCUGCUGCUCUCUAAGAUUGGUAGUAUUAUUAACAACACUUUUACAAGAAAAAUGUUUUGUCAUUGAACACUUUACACCCACCUCUGCUUGCGGGAGCUCUCAUAUUGCUUAUUUAUUGAACCACAGUCUUACCUGAGGAGAUGUUUCAAGUCUUUUGUUUGUGAGCCGCACUUUUGCCUUGAGAAACAGAAACCGUUUUAUUUGCACAGCAACCGAUGGUUCCUUAGCCGCGUCUUGAACAAAACAAGUACGCAGUAGCCAGAAGUCGUUGAAUUUUAUGGAAACAAUUACUUUGAAUGUGCAUCACAUGAAUCUUAUUUUGUAAUGCAGACCACCCCAGAGAAUAGGGAGUACCAUUCCCUUCCAAGGUUAUAUUUAUAACCUGCCACAAUGACAUAAAGUCCUGCAUGAAUGUAUCUCCAGUAAAGGCAAACAACACAAAGGUAAUCUGAGCAUUUACAUGUCUCAAGAAGUAUUCUGUGUUGAGUGGAAACAGAGAUCUGUAGUUAAUACAAACCCUAAGGUUCGAGUGGAUGCUACUCAGAGCCAGAAAGUCAUGUAACUUUCCUUCCUCCAAGUUGCAGUGAGGUAAUCCUUGGAAUCCAGAGCAUCCAUUUUAAGACAAGUUAAUAAGCACCUUCAAAGGCAGUGGAUGUCCUGACAACAUCGUGAGCUAAAAAUCAAGAGUUGCAACAGUGGAGACUAUUGGCUCAUAACUUUCUUUGAGAAAUAAGAAAAAAUUUACAGAUGAAACAUUGCUGGGAAUCUUCUGGUAAUGUACACUGAUCAAGAUGGUUAAGGAAUUCCUUCAGAACUACCUUAACCAAAACUUUGCCUGAGAGAAGUCUUAGAAAGUGGUUCUCCAUAUACUGCCUUCCACACCUAAAGAUCAUAUCCUUCCAAAAAGACUGAUUAAGGAGACAACAUGAAGGACCGACUAAAUGAACUUGUUGAUGCAUUCAAGGAGAAUGAAAGUGAAGACGAAGAACCAACAGCAGAAACUGAUGAUCUCCAAGAAGCAUUUGUCGUAUUUGAAAAUGAUGCCCUGUUGGAGUAUUUGUAUAAAGAAGUCCAACAAAUACGAGAAGAUAACCAUUUGUUGAAGCUAGAUGUCAAGCGGCUUGGAAAGCAAAACACCCGCUUUCUCACCUCAAUGCGUCGCCUUAGCAGCAUUAAGCGGGACACUAAUAGCAUUGCUAAAGAUAUCAAGAUAAGAGGGGAGGCAAUUCAUAAACGUCUGCAGAAGAUGAAGCUCUUUGUAGAGGAAGCUGAAGAAAAGUAUGGGCCUAAUGCUGCCAUCACCCGCAUUGUAAAGUCACAUUUUUUUACACUCACAAAAGCCUUCCAAGAGGCUAUGUUUGAGUACAAUGAAGCAGAGAUGAACCAAAGGGAAAAUUGCAAAAUUCGAAUUCAAAGACAGCUUGAUAUCAUGGGGAAGGAUGUGUCUGUCAAUCAGAUUGAAGAUAUGAUAGAGCAAGGCAAAUGGGAUGUUUUCUCAGAGAACCUGCUUUCUGAUGUCAAAGUUGCACGAUCAGCAAUGACAGAGAUUGAGACUCGGCAUAAGGAACUGCUGAAACUGGAGACCCGCAUUCGUGAAGUGCAUGAACUUUUUCUCCAAAUGGCUAUCUUGGUGGAGGAACAAGCAGAGACCCUGAACAUCAUUGAGAAUAAUGUACUUAAAACACAGGCUUAUGUAGGUGAAGCAAAAACCCAAAUAAAGAAAGCUGCUGAAUACAAAAAGAAGAAUCCUUGCCGGCAGAUUUUUUGCUGCUGUUUCCCAUGUUGCCGAUAACAGACUUUGGCACUGAACUUGACUGCAAAGACUUGUUUUAAAAUAAUCUGCUUACUCAGAAUAGUUAAACAGUUUUGUCCCAGACAUGUAUGCCUUCUGUGGAAGGAGUAUAACUAAAAGCUGUUCAGAUAAGUUUCUUUGUCCGAAGUCAACAUUUUUAAUGUAAUGGUUUGGAUAAUUUGUAAGAGGUUUUAGGUGAAUUAUGUACUGUAUAUCACAAAUGUAGUUCUAGUGAAGGGUGCUAUCAUGAAUCCAAGGCAAACAUUUAAGUUCAUUCAGUAUGUGUCUUGGCAAUAGAAAGCCAUAAAUCUGCAAGAAUCCCUAUAAAGAAGUUAGGAUACCUUGCAGAUGGGCUGAUCUUUUAAAAUAUAUUUUAUAGCACUGAGAUUGAUUGUAAAGUACAGUAUUUACCAUUCUUUUUUUUUCCUUUGGUUCAGUAAAACAGAGUCCAGAAUAACAGCAGUCAACCGUAGAUAUUAAAUGUUUUUUUUACAAA